AUGUCCAAUUCACAGCGUCCCAACAUCACUCUCUACACUGACGCGACUCCAAAUGGCAUUAAAAUCUCCAUUGCUCUUGAAGAAUUAGGGAUACCGUACACGGCUGAGCACAUAGACAUAUCGACCGGCAAACAAAAAGAACAGUGGUUUCUCGACAUUAACCCCAAUGGCCGCAUUCCGGCCAUCACCGACACGUUCUCCGAUGGAAAAACUAUUCGCCUUUUUGAAUCUGGCAGUAUUUUUCAAUAUCUGGUCGAGCAGUAUGACCCUGAGCACAAGAUCAGCUACCCUCAAGGCUCGAGGGAGCAUUAUGAAGUCAAUAACUGGCUGUUUUUUCAGAACGCUGGCUUGGGACCAAUGCAAGGGCAGGCCAAUCAUUUUGUCCGUUAUGCCCCAGAGAGGAUCAAAUAUGGCAUGGACAGAUAUGUGAACGAGACGAGACGGCUUUACGGUGUCCUGGAUAAACAUCUCCAGUCCUCCAAGUCUGGGUUCAUCGUCGGUGACCACAUCUCAACUGCUGACAUCACCACCAUUGGCUGGGUCAUAUGGGCCGGUUGGGCGGGUAUUGACAUUGAUGAGUUUCCAACAUUGAAGAAGUGGGAGGAAAUGAUGUAUUCCCGACCCGGGGUCAAGAAAGGUGCUGAUGUCCCCAAACCUCUGGACAUCAAAGCCAAACUUAAGGAGAAGGACAAGCUUGACGAAUACGCAAAGCAGUAA